CAUUGAUAAUCGGUCCAUUUGCAUUUUUUUUUGAAAUCAUGAAAUGCAUCUAUCAGUUCUUUAAUAAAAGUUGACCUAUGACUGAAUAGCUUACCUCACUAUCUCCAUUUAACGUGUUGAAAAACUCACUUGAAUAUAAUAACAAAAACACUUCAAAAUCUAAAUCCCCCCACAAAGUCUUCAUUCUCUCCAACACGAAGGCUCGUCGUUCUCAAAUCUCACCCUCAAACCCUCUACACAUUCAUUUGGUGUUACAUUCAUCAUCAAGGUUAAAGAUUCAAAUUCUAGUGAAGCAAUUAAGCACAAAAUUAAGAUGGAGAAAGGAACUGUUUGUGUAACUGGUGGUGCAGGGUACCUAGCUUCAUGGAUGAUCAAGACAUUACUUGAAGAUGGAUAUUCUGUUAAUGCCACAUGGAGAUCUGAUCCAGGCUCAAUGGAAGACGUCAGUGGCAUCAUGGCCCUACCAGGGGCAUCAAAGAGGCUCAAACUUUUUAACGCGGAUCUGAGCAAACCAGCGACAUUUAAGGCACCAAUAAAAGGCUGCACUGGGGUGUUUCAUGUUGCACAUCCGAUUGAUGUUCAUGGAAAAGAAUCCGAACACGUGCUAACUGAAAGAGCCAUGCAGGGUAGUUUGGGUAUUUUACAAGCAUGCAUCGACUCAAAGACAGUAAAGAAACUUAUAUACACAUCUAGUGCAUCUACCGUUGUGUUUAAUGAGAAACGAUUGAACAAUGAGAUCUUAGAUGAGGAAUCAUGGAGUGAUGUUGAUUCAAUUCGCGCUAAUGAUAAGCAAUUUGGUGUUUCAUAUUUCGUUUCCAAGACAAUGACUGAAAAAGCGACCUUAGAGUUCGCGGACAGAAAAGGUUUCAAUGUUGUGACUGUGCUUCCGACAAAUAUUCAUGGUCCAUUUGUUGGCGCUUCUUGCCCACGCGCAGUGCGUGGCUCAAUGGCUUUGAUAUUUGGUGACAUUGGCAAACCUCGGUUGCUUGUGAAAACGCCUUUUGUGCAUAUUGAUGAUGUCGCCAGGGCACACAUUCAUCUCCUUGAGUACCCGAAAGCAAAAGGGAGGUAUAUUUGUUCCAAAGUCGCAGUCACUAUCGAUGAAUUAUACAAAAUAUUAUCAGAAAGAUAUCCGGAAUAUAAAAUGUCAAAUAUCAACUCUUUAAGGGCUGCCGAGAAGAUAAACAUGGCUGACGUCUCAUCAAGAAAACUCUUGGGCACUGGAUUCCGGUUCAAGUAUGGACUUGAAGAAAUGUUUGAUGAUGCAAUUGAUUGUUGCAAAAGAAACAAUAUAUUAUAGAUUGCAAUAACUGCAUAAAAUACAUAUUAUCUGUUAUUAACAAUUAGCCAGCUUAAUUCGACAAUCUCUCCAAUCAAAUCAAACGGUAUCUCUCUCCGCUCUCUAAAUUCUUCUCUCAAGUAUAAUAAAAAUUUCUGACCGUUGAUUUUAAAUAUUCCGUGGAUCAAAAUUGAUAUCUUCAAUAGUUAGUAUAUCGAAAUUAUCAAACUAUAUCUUAAUUUUAGCUUCAAAAGUUGGUAAAGAUGAAAAUUUUGUGAUCGUGUGGGUUC